AUGUCUCAAGAGGGGAAUAUAAACUCAAUUGAAUUAACCAAUAAUCAAUAUGAAGAGAUAUAUAGAAAUAUUCAAGUAAAUUUUCCAAAUAAAUUAUCAUUUAACGAUCUUUAUCAAAGUAAUCAUUCAAGAAAUGGAAGAUAUAGAAAUCGAACUUGGAGGAUUCCAAAUGCCUUUAUUAUCUUUAGAAGAGAAUUACUUCUUACACUUUUUAAAUAUAAAAUUUAUAAAAUAAGAGAUUUAUCAAAAUUCGCAUCUCAAAAGUGGUUGGAAUUACCUGAUGAUAUUAGACAAAGAUAUAAAAAUUUUUGUGAUGAUGCUCGUGAAUAUCAUGAUUAUAGAAUUAGAACUCCUACUUAUCAGUUAAUUAAAUUCUGA